ACAUGAACUAGCAUUUUAUAAAAAAGAACGAUUUGAUUCCAACCUAAUUAGAUUAGGUAUUUAAAUCAUUUUAUUUCUAGUUAAAAAAAUUAAGAAGUAAUUUAAAAAAACUAAAGAACAGUGGGUAAUUGUUUUUGUCAGAAUCCCUUUAAAUCUUAGAAAAGGAACAUGAAUUUGUUUUCAUUAAUAAUGAAAUUGAAAAUUCUUCAGAAAUCUAGCAAUAUGUUAUUUUUGGAAAUUUUUAAGGCAAUUAAAAUCAUAUUAAAUUUGCUAAACAUUUACUUAUUGAGAGAUUAAUAGAUUAAUUAAUUGAUUUAAAAAAUUAUGGGUAAAGGUCUUAUUUUAUUAAAGAAUCCAUCUUCCAAUGCUAAAUGAAUCAUAUUUCUAUCCUGUCAGAGAUGAAGAAUUUGAGAUAUUUCCAAAUUAUAAAAUUCAGAAACUCAUCCUUUGUAAAUUUGGUUUUGAAAAUUUACUUUAAGGUAAAGGUAAUCAAGAAUUAAUUAACAAUAAAAAUAUACCUUCAGAAAUAAAUGAAGAUAUUGAGAGAGAAUAAGCUUCAAAGAUACAAUUUAAUGAAAAAAUGACAGUUUUUGCUUUAGGUUGUAUGAUUUAUUAUAUUUUAUUCUAAUAAAAUGUACAUGACAAUAAAAGCAAUUCGUAAUCAUAGUAGCAAGCAAAUUUUAUGGAAAAUUAACAAAGUUUAUUAAGUUAAUAAAAUAUAGAAAAUAUAGAAAGUUUGGAACCUGCUUUAAAAAAAAUAAUAACAGAUUGUAUAAAGGUUUAAAAUGAAGACAGACCAACUUUAAAAGAUAUCAAAAAAGAAUAUUCAAAAAUUAUUUUUUAAUACCAGUUUUAAUUUUUAGAAAGAUUAAAAAUUCGCGAUUUAACUGAAAAAUUUGUGAAUCCUAAUGAAUAAAUUACUGGAAGACUUAUUAUAAUGGAGUUUUUAACUAAAAUAAAAUUUGUUUUAAAAUAUUUUAAAAAUAUUAAUGAUAGUUAAAAUUAUAAAACAUUGAUUAUACUGGAAUUAAUAUGUUAAGAGUAGGAUAAAUUAAAAUUAGAAAAUAAUGAAUUAAAAUUAUGGGAUUAGAAUAAUACAAAAGAUGAAAUAGAUGAAUUUAAAAUUAAAUACCUAAACAAGUAUCAAGAAAUUUUAGACUAAUUAAUAGAUAUAAUUAUGAAAGACAAUUAAAAUAUGUUAAUACUUAUAGAUUUAAAUUCAAUAAAAAAAAGAGAAUUGAAAUAAUUAAGCUCAAUAAUUCAAUAAUCUAUAAAAAUUUGUAAAAAUGAUAAUGAUUCUGAUAAUCUUAGGAAUAAAUGCUUGUAAAAUAUCAAUAAUGUUUUCGUGUAUGAGAAAUUAUUAGAACAAUUCACACCAUUAUAAAUUAAAUAAAUAGGUUAAGAAAAUAAACAAGAAUAAAUAGAUAAUGAUGAAAGGAAUUAAUGCUAUGAUAGAUAUGAUAGACUAAUAAAUAUUCUAUUUGAUGAUGAGAGUGGUUUACAUAAAGAGAUUCUUUUAACGUUGAAUUAAAAGUAAUAUAUAUGA